AUGCCUGCGAUCACUUCAGGACGUGUACUCGUUACCGGCGCAAACGGUUACGUCGCGGUGUGGGUGCUAAAGUACCUCCUGGAGCGGAGCUUCACGGUCCGUGGGACGGUCCGCUCGGAGAGCAAGGCCACGUACCUCCGGGACUACUUCAAGGCGCACGGCGAUAAACUGGAGCUAGUCGUGGUCGACGAUAUCACAAAGGAUGGCGCAUUCGAUGCCGCAGCAGAGGGCGUCGACGCAAUCUUGCACAUCGCCGCCCCGGUCAUCCUGACAGCGACGGACCCGGACGAUCUCAUCAUCCCCGGGGUCAAGGGCGCCGUCAACAUCCUCCAAAGCGCGCUCAAGCACCGCGCGACCAUCAAGCGUGUCGUCUUCACGUCCUCGUGCGCGGCGGUCAUGACCCCGCCCCAGCCCGGGGACGCGCCCCGCGUCUUCGACGAGAACCACUGGAACGACCACGCGGUGAACGAGGUCCGCACGAAGGGCCGCGGCGCGGCAUCGAUGGACAUGUACCGCGCGAGCAAGGUGCUCGCCGAGCGCGCCGCGUGGGAGUUCUAUGAACGCCAGAAGAGCGAGCUCGGCGAGGGGCUGGGGUGGGACCUCGUCGCGCUCGCGCCGCCGUACAUCUUCGGCCCGGUCAUACACGAGACGUCUUCGCUCGAGGCGCUGGGCGGGACGGCGAAGAUCUGGUACAACCGCGUCUUCAAGGGGAUCGUGGCCCACGGAGGCUUCAUGAAGGACAAAUACGAGUACGUUGAUGUGCGCGACUUCGCCCACGCAGAGGUGCUUGCCCUGAUCACCCCCGAUGCGGGCGGGGAGCGGAUGAUCAUCAAAGGACAGACUUUCACCUGGCAAGAAUUUGCCAACGUUGCACGCCGCUAUGCCGAUGGAGUCUCCAAUCUGGACGAUUCCUUCGACUCUACGAAGGCGCCGUCCGCAGUGACCUAUAACGCUGAGAAAGGGUCCCGUAUCCUGGGCAUUCGAUACCGCGCGGUGGAGGAAACGGCAAAGGACACCGUGGAGGACUUCAAGGCCAAGGGGUGGUUGUAG